ACAGUUUAUCACGAUUUAGGCAACAUCAACCUGACUUUCUUUACAACCAGGAAAAAGUAUGAAAGAAUGGAAAAUCUAAGACUGGUUGUUAAAGCUUUAAAAGCCCUGCGCCCACAAUUAGAUGUGCAGGCUACUACAAGAUGUGACCUCUUAUUAAAUGGGAUUUUUAAAAUCUCAGGCACUGCUGCAAAGCUAGGAAGGACUGUAGCUUACCACCACUGCACCUUGCUCUGUAAUACUGACAAACAUAUUUUGUCAUCUGUAUUGAAAAGUCCUUACAAUGGGAUAAAAAGCAAUGCCACACCAAGUGUCCCAGCCUUAGUGAAAAACCUCCUGGAAGAGGACCCUACUUUAACUUGUGAGAUGAUCCUGGAUGCCAUUGCUGAAGAAUACGCUACACAUUAUCAUGCUGAUAAUCGUAUCACUGUAAUAAAUCCAGCUGAUGAAAAGGAGUUCCCUGGCAUUCAUAAUAAAGCAAGGGAACUACAAGCCUGGGACUGGAUCUAUGGUAAAACACCCAAGUUCAGUAUUAGCAAAUGCUUAAACAUAGUAAAUGAACAAUCUUGCCUUGACAUCAAGAUAAAUAUGGACAUAAAGAGUGGCAAAAUUGAAACAUUUGACAUUGAUGUGCCUCAACCAUGGCUGCCACCAAUGAUGUACAAUAAACUGAAGGACAACCUUAUUGGCAGCAAGUUCUGUCCAAGCGAAACAACAGUCGUGGCAAAUGCUUUGCUGAGAACAUGUACAGAUUACAAAUUAUACAGCAAAUGGAAUCUGUUAUGUGAAAAAGUGUUAACACUAAUGUGACUGCCUGAUAAGCAACUGCUCAAUCACUGCUGUGCCAUUUCCAAGCUUGCACCAGUGCAACUUUUUGAGGGCUGAA